AUGGUGACUCUUGCGCAGCUGCUCUUUUCGUGGCGCGGCGCACGGAAGCGUCUCCCCACGGACACGCCGCAGGAGGAUGGUGACACCACGCUUUCACCCUGCCUUCCCAAGGCAGACUCCUUUGCGGGUUAUCUCCCCUUUUGGCGACUGUUGUUGUGUGCGCCUGAGCUGCCCGACAAGAACCUGCAGGCCUUCUCUGUCAGAAAGAAGGGCGCGGCAGACGCCUCCAGCAGCGGCGCCCUCUCCAACUUGAGGUCAGGGGCGGAGUUGACUAAUGCGCCCACCCCUGUUGUCAGCAGUGGGAAGGGUGGGUCUUUGACAAUCACGAGGAGUGUCUUUGCGGGACCUUUACAACGCUCUGAACAUGUGGAUAAAGAUGUGGCGCUGCAAUUGGGGUCGUUGAUUCCCGCCAGUGAUGGAGCGACUUCAUCUGCGCGUUGGACGGUAACGGACACACGCCGCAUGAACACAAAUCCGGAAGCCGCUCUGGGCGUUUCGUUGUCGACGAUUUCUUCAUCCCUACCUGUCGAUUCCCUUCCAGAUCGUCAGAAGCUGAAGCAGAUAAAAGCCGAGCAGAUGAAAAUGGAGGCUCGGCAGAAAAAAGAACUUCAGCGGGAUGAAGAGGCGUUGUUGGAGGAGGAACAACGUCGUCUUAGUGCCCUUUCGCCGGAUGCGACGUCUCAUGUAUUGUCGUCACCAUCACAGUCCGUUACAUUUGGUAGGGACGUGUUGGCGUAUCACGAGGCGGAACCCGAAGAGAACGUUGACAUCUGCGGGUUGGUAAACUCACUUGGGAUAUCCGAAGAGGAAACGGAAGAUGACAGCAGCUUUAUUGAGGGGGAUGACGCAAUCGACAUUCAAGAUAUGAAUUUCUUGUAUGCUUAUUACAGGCGUCGGGAUAAAACAUUAGUCUCAUCGGUGCAGGAGGGCACAGUCGUGGAUACUUCCGCCGUUGUGGCUUCAGAAAUCACCAACCAAAGGAGGGCACGGUGCUACGAGCUUAAUUCACGGAAGUACAUUGAACGUGUAGUUUUGGCACAGAGGUCACAGCAGAAAAUAGCACUUUUGUGGCUGCUUGCAGAAUCUAUGCGGCACGCCUGGAAACUUUAUUUUCGUUUAGCUCAGCUCUAUGUGAACUACGUGCCUUUGUACCUACAGGCGGCUGGGGUUACCAUGGGGAAUGAGGAUGACAACGAUCUGAUGGAUAUUACCAAAAACAGGUAUUACGCCUAUUUUUCUUCUGGUACUUUUGACUACGAGUACUACACAUAUGAGUUUAUCCAUAAGUGGGAGACUCUUUUUGGGAAUGUUCAGAAUUAUCUUUUUGAUGGAGGUACUGGAUCGGUGGGGAGUGUUGGCUUUGCUGCCACGCUUCUGCACUCUAUGGAGCUCUUUGAGCGGCAACAUGAGUUGCAGGUGGGAGUGCGGGAGGUGGAACAGUGGCUGCAUUUAUGUUGGAAGCGCAUGAAUACAGCCGCCGUGCUCAUGUCAUCCCCCAUUCCCACAGUCACCGCCACCAACACGAUGACAAUGACUAGUAGUAGCAGUAUUAGUGAUUCUGGUACUCCGGAUACGGCUGCCGGCUUGCAGCAUGACGAUACCGCCAAUGGAGAUGAGACUAUCGAGCACAACAGAAAGGAAUGCGAGCAGCAACUAGUUCUCACAAAUCCUGUAGACGCCACACUCACGUCGGUCAACAUGAGGAGGGAUGCGAUGACGCAUGUUCCUAUCGACUGGUGGGGCGCGCAGGACGCGGAUGUUCGGGCUCAUGUCAGUUGGAAUCGAAAGAAACGGAAGUUGCUUCAAAUUUGCCUCGGAAGGGCGGCGCUACGUCAGACGGUGCCAGCGGAGGGUCCAGACAACAUCGCCAGCAGCCCGAAGGGCACUUCACCGCAGCUGCAGGCAUGGAUGCCGGGGGCGCUCGAACCCAUUAUGGAGGACAACGGCGAUGAGGAGGCGCAGCCAUACCGCGUUGUCAACGUUGGAUGCUUCGGCUUCUCGUUCUUUUCACGAUGGGAUUAA